UGUUGUGUCACCAGCAGCUCUACCAUCCUCCCACACCACAACAGUGUUGGCACUAAACACAAUGGGGCUGUAAUGUCAGCGAGGGGCGAUAUUGAAGCAUCUUCUCAAGAGUACUGAUUCUGUGUAUGGAUUUAAUGAUGAUGAAAAAAAAGAAAUUUAAGUUCAAGGUGGACUUUGAGCUGGACGACCUCUCCUCGGUCCCCUUCGUCAACGGUGUCAUUUUUUGUAAAGUCAGGCUGCUGGACGGCGGGUUCUCCGAGGAGUCUUCUCGGGAGCCAGUGCAGUCCAACUGUGUUCGAUGGAGGAAACGGUUCUCUUUCCCCUGCAAGAUGAGUGCCAAUGCAGGGACAGGUGUACUGGACCCUUGUAUGUGCCGUGUGUCUGUCAGAAAGGAGCUGAAAGGCGGGAAGGCAUAUGCAAAGCUUGGUUUUGCAGAUCUGAAUUUAGCAGAGUUCGCUGGCUCAGGGAAUACAACCCGCAGAUGUCUGCUUGAAGGCUACGAUACCAAAAAUACCCGCCAGGAUAACUCCAUCCUCAAGGUCAUCAUCAGUACACAACUCAUGUCAGGGGAUCCCUGUUUUAAAACGCCUCCCUCCACAGCCACAAUGAUCGGGAUCCAGGGUGAUGGAGAGAGCCUGCUGGAGGAGAGGAGGGGAGGGGACUCACAGAAAGGCUGUUCUGAGAGUCGAGAAGGGAAGUGUCCUGUUGUUCCUGAUGAGCUUGGGGGCUGCGGCCACUCCCGCACGUCCAGCUACGCCAGCCAGCAGUCCAAACUUUCAGGAUACAGCACAGGUCACUCCCGCUCCUCCAGCAUGUCGGAGUUCAGCCACCGGAGAAACCAUUCAGUGGGCAGCGCCUCAACGGGCAUCGGCAGCAUCCCAGAGCCCAGCGAGGACCGAGACAGAGAGUCCAGACCCUGCCCUGCUCUGCCUGAACACCCAGUCCCCACCACCACCACUAACAACCCAGUGGGUACACCAGUACGCAGCGCCUCAUCCUGUGAACGACUCAACAGACACCCUGUGAAGCAGGACUCCAUGGAGUCUCAGCUAAAAAGAAUGGACGACACGCGGGUGGAUGCUGACGAUGUUGUGGAAAAGAUUCUCCAGGGUCAAGACUUUACGCCCAGCCUACUGGACUCCAGUGCUGAAGAGGAAGGCUUGCGUCUGUUUGUUGGCCCUGGGGGAAGCACAGCCCUCGGAAGCCAUCACCUUCCCACCAGGGUUGGGGCUGGAGCGUACGAGCAAGUGGUCAUAAAGCGUUAGACCUGCAGACUCUCAGAGGUGGACUGACACUGCUUGUAUAAAAAAAAAAAAAAAAAAUCCAGACUGUGUCAAUUUCCCUCUGCAUUCCUACAGCCCACCCGUUACCUGAUCAGCAGCACCGUCUCUGACCUGAUCAUUCUGUGAGCGGGUGACAUUACAACAGUGCCCUCCUGUGUUCAUAUCUCCUGUAUGACACUGUAGCUCCCUGAUUGAUUUUUAAGAGAGAGAGGUAAACCGUUUAUAUCUCAGUGUAAACAUACAGAUAUGAAUUAAGUCAAAUGAAACAUUGGCCAGUAUUUUAAAAAACAUUAACAUUUAUAUAACUAAAACUUUCCACUCCUAAUUUAUUGGGUGUAGAUUAGCCUCAUUUUAUUAGAGGUCAACUUUAUCACGCAGCAUCGUAACCAACCCAAUUUCAACUGUUAGAAACUGGACGCAAACGGUUAAUCUUUCUUUCUAAUGGAGGACACUGGGACAGGCUAUGUGUGUGCAUCAGAGCAAACACUGAAGAGGAGUAUGCAAUGCGCUUUCAAUACAUUCCUUUAGUCUCUCAGUGUUAGUUUUGGACUCUCUUUUCAAUUAGGAUGGUGUAUUUAAUAUAAGUCUAUAAGCUGCUAAAAGUUGUAGUUGUCGGCACUCUGACAACAGUGGGUGUUUUGAAGUUUUUAGUAUUUUACUACAAAGAUGAGACAUUAGACUUAAGCUAUUUGAUGAGUGAACGUGUACUGUGUGAAUGUGUAUGUGUCUGCUAUGUGAUAUGACCACUUUUAUUAGUAGUAACCGUUAUCCUGUUAUAUUGAAUGAGUGGAGGAAGGUGACAUGAUCCCUUGUAAGGAAUGCUAGAUUGGUACUUGCAAAAAGAAAAUAGGAAAACAUGAAUUUGCUUUCUAGCUAUUAUAUUAGGUCCUUGUUCUCAUUUGUUCGCGGAGCAGAACAACCUGCACUGGUAAUCUGCCCACAAAGGCAAAACACAGCAACGUCCAUUUUCCAAACUUUUUGUUCAAAGAGUCUUUUAAUCCAACUUUCUGACACGGCGAAUACCGGUAAUCCAGUUUCUUGAAUUCAUAUUUUAGCCGAAUUUAGUUGACUUCAUCUUUGCUUUUGACUCUAGUGACAUUCAUGUACUUUAGUUUGAUUAAGAUACCUUAAAGUCACAUAUAUGUAUAAAAUUGUAGAUUAUAUUUAUUUCACUAUAUAGUAAUAUUAUUGAUACAUACAGACACCCAGCAAAAUGGAUACAUUUAAUUAGGAUUUAAAGACGGAAUGAGAAAAGUUUAGUUUAAAAAAAAAUUAAAGUUUAAAAGGACAGGAAAGCUGAAAACCACAUUCUGUUGUUACAUACUGUUACUGCUGUCUGCCUUCGUAGGGCAGUUAAUAUCAAAACUAAAAAAGAGGCUUCUGUGAUGAAUAGUACUACAGAAAGGCAUUUUUCCUAAUGUUAAGCCUUUCAGCUAUGUAUCUAUUUUAUACCUAUGCUUUGCAACUUAACUACAUCUUACUGAGCUGGCCUGUUGACCAGGAAGCUUACAUCAGUGAACAAAUGGAAGAGUCUGUGACGUACUAACAAUUUAAUUAAUGUGUAACCGACGCAUACAGUCAUUUGUUUCACUUAAGGAUUGUACAGAGAACUAGUUAAGUAAUCCACUGCCAUAAGUAAAAUACUCAACAGCACCUGUUUUUAAAAAGGCCUAGAGUACUAGUUUUGUGCGUUUAUCUAUACCUCCUAACAUCUUAACUGUAACAUUUGAGAACAGUCUUUGAACUAGUAUAAUUAACCAAUGCAAUCAUAGUCUCGCAUUGCCAGUCGUAUCUACACAGCGCCGUGUUAGUGCUUAAUUUUCUGGGGUGGGGGGGUUCUUUACAGAAUAACAAUCCGAGGAAGGGGAGGAAUAAAGACUAUCUGGUAAACCAGACUAAUGCAAUCAACACAUGAACCAUUAGUGCUACAGAUAAAAAACUAAAAAUAUAUAUCUGCUCAAUUUUAAGAUCCUGAUGUCGUCGUGAGCGUUCACUAUUUACAUUUCCAGCCUAUUAGAAGAUUAAGUGCACAAUGUGUUCAUUUUAUUCACAAAUUAGCCAAAGUACACAACAUACUGUUAUUACCUGGAAGCCUGUUAGGCCUAUGCAUAAUGAGAACAAUGAGUAAUGAGAAUACUAGAUGCAUUAUAACUAGUGAAAACAGACUGUACAGUAUCUGUAAUAUUCUGUCUCCUGUCAUAAGCCAUAUUAUAGGUAGGAUAACUCCUCUGAGAAACUACAUACAUGUUAAAUCAAUAUCUGCCCAUGCAUUUUCAGUGUAUGGUCAGCGUUCUGUUUUUAUGUCUAUGUUCUGCAUGAUUAAGACGUCCUUUUGUUAGCUUGCAGAACUUAAAACAUGUUUUAUUUUUUAUUUUAAUUGUUUAAAUGAAGGAACAAUUUUGCUUGGCUAUUUAGCAUGUAGGAAAACAUUUUGUUCUCAUUACUUCACGUUAAAAACCAAUACCUGUGCAUUGUAUGAUGUAACUGUAAAUCAGUGUUCUCAUUUUGUGCUUCUAUUUUUGGCAAGGUGUAAAUGUCCAAUGUUGAAAAUAACAUCUUUGUUUUUGAAUCUUUCAUUGCUGGUCUUGUGCCAUAUUUUUGCUUAAUAUUUUUAUUGUGAAG